AUGGUCGACCAGGAAAUUCGUCCGCCAACUCCUCCAAGGACAUAUUCCUCAUUAAUUGCAGAUGCCUCACAGUCGGUAGAUGACUCAAUCCCAAUUGUGGCCCCUACCACCGUAUUCUCGCCUUCCGAUGCAUCUCCACUACCUCUCUCCAGCUCGCGAUCGAAACGAGUCAAUUUCUCGCCCAUGGCUAGCUACAUCAAACCUCCAGAGUUUACAGAUCACAGUAUGAAGUCAUUAAUACGGUUACGGUCUCUGCCGCCUUCGUCGAACCAGAGCGUUCCAGCCAAGUCGAUUCUUAAGUCACGGACGGUGAUAUCAGAUAAUAUACCGUCAGAUGAGCUGCGGUCGAGUCCAUCAACCGACUUAUCGGGAAUGCUUAGCUCUAUCAUUGAACAGCUUUCCGGGAGCUCUCAUAUUUUACGGAGAGAUGCCUACUCGCAGCUCGUUGGUAGCCUCUCCGCCUAUUGCGACCAACCCGAUUCAAACUCCAUUAUUGACAACAUGGACCUCUUCGUCGGCUGGAUAAAACGAGACAUCAACACUACUCCUUCCUCUCAGACGGAUUCAGACUACUCGCUACCUCACCAAGCUCUUAAUUUACUGAACAUGCUCGUCUUCAAACCGGAAACAUCCCCUCGAAUCCCAGAUGACUUCAAAGCUUAUAUCGUCGACCGUGCCAUUUCCUCCAUCCAGCACAAUGCAACUCCCAAGAAUAUCGUUAUUGAUUAUAUGAGGCUUCUCAGCGUUCAGAACUUCUCACCAAAAAUUCUCACUAGCUCCAGAGCUACCAAGCUGUUAGAGACUAUUAGCAGCGGACCUGAUCGCGUCGGAGGAAAGGCAGUGACCGCCCUACGGCUGAAUAUAUACGACCGACUGUUCUCCCAAGCCCGUUCCGUCUUCGUCUCUCAUGCGAACUUCUGGAUGGAUAAUCUCAUUGAUGGUCUGCUAUAUAAGGUCAAGGAUGUCAGGUUAAAAGCUCUCCAGUUGGGCUUCCGGAUAACUGACUCCUUGGGUCCGUCUACCCCCGUGUUUAAGGCGAUCGAUGAGGUCCUAAACAUUCCCACGGAUAAAGGAAAAGACGCAAAGUUUGUGAACGACUUCUGUGAUCGCUUGACAAGUAUGAUUGCAAACCGGGAAACAAGCCCGCACGUUCCCCAAAUCUGGAGCGUUGUCACACUUCUCCUUCGUGGCCCCCGAUGGUUGAUAGAAAAAUGGUCUCACUUCAAGUCUUGGAUGCUGGUCAUCCAGCAGUGCUUCAAUUGCAGUGACCCCACAACUAACUCACAAGCUCUUCUUGCAUGGAACCGAUUGGUGUAUGUGGUACAAUCUACUGAGAGCAACAAGAGUAUGGCCAAAUUCCUGUUCAAGCCCAUUGACUCUCAGCUGGAGAGAAAGAAGGCUUCGAAACGAGGUGCCCACACCGACCACGCCUUUUCGAGCUAUUGCAACCUUCUUUACUAUUCCUUCAAACCUGGAACUGCGUUUGAACGCCUGGACUUGCACUGGACGGAGUACAUGGUCGCCCCAACCGCAAAGGUCUUAAAAUGGAGCUCCGGAAAUGCCCUAGGACUUUGCCGAAUAUUAGCCAUGUUACUAUGGGAUUCCCUUCCAAAAGUCUGGGACGAGAAAAAGGCCCUCGAGACAACGAAAGUCGGUCCAGAAGACCUUCCUCGACUGGACUGCAAGUGGGUCCGUUCUAGAAUAUCAAAAAUAUUGCCCGUCUUUGAGACUCUAUUUGACCUCUUCGUUGAACAUAACACCUCCAUAGAAGACUCUCCGAUUGGUCUAGCCUGGAUUCACCUAUCUCGAAGCCUUGCAGAUGCAUCUAGUAAAGAAAUCCAGCCUUCUACAGAGACAAUGGAAGCUGUUGGCUAUGUCCUUGAGAGCCUUCAGAGAAUUUGGAAGAAAACUGGAACUGCCGCGAUUUCUGGAGCCAAGGAUAGGAACAGCCUUUUCUUUAGCCAAUUCCUCUUCCUUGUCAAAACAAUCGUACCUAACCUCGGGUCUGUUGCUUUUACUGAGAAGAUGCUGUUGAGGACAUCGACGGAAACUUUCAGUAUAGCUCAGACUCCUACCCACCGCCGUCCCCACCCCAACGGCAUCAUCAGAACUCCCAUACUCCACCUUCUCCAAUAUGUAUGUCUUUCUACAUACUCUGUCUCCAUCCCGCGCUAUAAUUUUCUACUACACGGUAUCAUUGAAACUGGUCUACGAAGCCGGGCUUCCAGAAGCUCCCGUUUGGAAAUCCUACGCCAAUUUACUGAAUUAUUACUGGGACCGUCUAGCGAGGUCCUCGAAUUGAACCGUGACUGCGUUGAAGCGGUCUGGAAGGCCAUUUCGACUUUUACUAAAGAAACCCUUGCAAACUCAACCCCAGAUGCUAAUGUCAUGGGCAAAGGCGAAACCUCCAUCCGUGACUACGAUAAGGCCUUAGCGAUCCUCGAAUAUGGAAUAAGAUACGAUAUCAAGAGCCUUGAAUGGUCUUCACUGUUUCGAUCACUGGUAACCGUAGUUCGCCAUGAGAAAGGUGAUGCCCAUGUGUCUCUUUUUGUUGACUCGUUUGUUAGUCAUGCAACUGGGACCGGUAUAUCAAUAGGUUGCGGUGAAAUACCCUUAUUUAUGGAGUCCAUCACCUUUCCUCGAGAACCAGUUGCAGCGGCACAGCCAAUAAGUUUAAACGCAACUAUCAAAACCCACCCAAACAACAAACCAUUCUGUGAGAAGGUUGUUACGCUGACCAACGAUAUCCUUGUGCAUUUAUAUCACGUCCAACCGGAAGUCUGUGUCCCUGAUACACUCUCGUUUCUUGAUGCUGUCUCGCAGUGGCUUGAGCAGUGCCCUGUACAAUACCGUAUCACCUUACUUGAGAGGCUACAAACUGGUAUUGCUCCAUGGUUAGCUGAUACUAGCCGAAAACUAAUAGCAGAGUCUGGUAUUGACAAGUCUAUACUGGCUUCGGCUCGGACUAUGAACUCAGUCGCCCUUUGCAGCAUCACAUCUCUACACAAUACUAAUAGCGAGACUCUGGAGCUGCUAACCUCGUUGAUGACAGCUGGGUUUGAAUCUUGCCACAAAUCUACUGUUAACAAGUUGAUAGCCAUGUGGAAUGCAUCUUUCGGCCAACAAGAGACGUUAGCGUACCCAUCCUCGCUGGAGUCAAUCCUACGAAGACUUCAACCGUACGUUGAGAUUCAGCUACCAGCUUUCCCACAACGUACUAGAACAAAGGCUGUCUCUCCACCGCCAGAAUAUCUUAGUUCACAAGAGACUGUUGUCACUCCAAAACCUGCUCAAAAAUCCAAAAAAGAUGGCAGCAAACGUUCAACCCCCUCUGGCCUGGACAGCAACACGCGUAGCCGCAAGAGGAAGAUGGUACAGAAAAAUGGCACCAGUACACCCAAACGACCUCGGCAUGACGAUUCACAGGUACAAUUCAUGGCUGUCGAGUCAGAGGGCGAUGCGGCCGGGCCAUUGGAAUCCCAGUUUAUGACGGAGAACCAAAAGUCCGUCAGGGAAAGGCAGAAAAAGGAGGUAGCCAUCAUGUUUUCGGAGAUGCACUCAUCAAGGCCAUCAUCCCGGCGCAAAACUCUUGAUCCGCUUGAUAGUAAUUUGCCAACUCCUACCAUCCCACCAGAGGCGCCAAAUGUCGAAGAAGAAGUUCAAUCCUCCCCAACACCAGCUAGCAGGAGUCCACGCCCAUCAUUUACCAAUCUGGAUCUAACCUCAUUCCCAUCGACAGUUGAAUGGAGCUUUUCUACAAACGAUGAUCCACCUUCGUCCCCACCACAGACAGUCCCUUCGUCGCAAGGGGGAGAAUUCACAUCUCACGAUCCGAGCUGUACGAGCGUCAGGGAAGCUCAAACCGCCCUUUUCACCGGGCCCUCUUCCCCAUCACGUCAUAGGGAUGACGAUAUGCACUCCACUCCCAGGCCGAACUCGAGGUCCAAACCUCCUGGACCGGAAGAAAAUAAGGAAGAAGAACUGGUUCCUGAUUCGUUCAACGAUCCUCUGCAGGAGCAGAUAGCCUCGCAGCUAGAGCAAGAUCUUGAAUUGUCGAUGGACCUCAGCGUGCCUGAGGAUAAGCCAUCAAAGACAAAGAAUAAAUUAGGAAGCCGAAGGAGGAAAAGAAAUGGUGGCAGCUCUAGCAAAAAACCACCACAAGCACCUACCAUUGAGAUAGCAAUUGAGUCACGAGCAGCUGCGCCGCCUCAGACAAUCGCUGACACUACGUUGUUGACUACGGAAAAUCCGUCCACAAGUCAAAGGCGGUCUGGCAGGAAGAGAUCUAGCCCUAGCCUGGAGGAAGAAACGUCUCAAGAGUCUCAUGAAGGUGCCGAAAGUUCCCGGCCAGGGCCGAAGAAGAAGCGGAGGUCUCUGCGCCUUCGUGGGCGUGGAACAGCACAUGAAGAGCUUGAAUCCAAGACCGAUGAUGUCGUCGAACCUGAGCGGGAAAGAAGCGAAGCUGCAGCAUCGCUGCCUGGGCGGCAAACAAAGACUGAAGGCCAAGUGGAAGGUGAAGAGGCCCAAGUGGAGCCUGAACGGCAGCAGACACCUUCACCUUCUGAAUCCCAAGCACGAGAGCAGGCAUCUCCGGGAUCGUCAAUACUUCAGUCCCUCAAGAGUAUCCUUGGCUCACUGAGGAACGUCUCGUUUGGGCGUUCAACGCUCAAAGAGCUGGAUGAUGUGAUGUUUGAUAUCAAGCUUGAGGCCCAUAAUGCGUUUAAGAGAAGCGAGUGA